AUGUAUUGUUAUGUAUUGUAUCCUAUGUAUUGUUAUGUAUUGUAUGUAUGUCUAUGUAUUGUAUCCUAUGUAUUGUUAUGUAUUGUAUCCUAUGUAUUGUUAUGUAUUGUAUGUACGUAUGUCUAUGUAUUGUAUCCUAUGUAUUGUUAUGUAUUGUAUGUACGUAUGUCUAUGUAUUGUAUCCUAUGUAUUGUUAUGUAUCGUAUCCUAUGUAUUAGGAUGAAUAGUAGAGUAUUCCCGUGUGAUCCAGGCACAGUCUGAGGGCACCGCUUCACUGCAGAUGGAAGCAGAGCAGCUCGACUCUCCUCCUCAUCCUCCUCCUUUUCCUCCUCCUCCUCGUCGUCUUCGUCCUCCUCCUCCUCCUUCACACAUAGUAUCAUGGAAGCAGCUUCCUCGUCCUGCCCCCGUCGCUACAUGUAAACCCCCCUAAUCUUGGACAAGUAACGCUCCCAAUUCCCGAUUUUCCCGGACGCGAUGUCAUCGCCGAAGUCUCCGUUCGCCCGGGCUGUGGGGGGCAAAGCCAGGAUGAGCCCAUGGAUGCUGUUUGCGAUGCUGGGAUUGUGUGUGGCGCUCGGGCCUGGCAAACAAGAAGAAGAGGAUUAUGAAGACGUGCCCAUUAAUAAGACCUGGGUCUUAUCUCCAAAGGUCUAUGAGAGCGAUGUGACCAUGAUACUUAAUAAGCUUCUUCAGGGCUAUGACAACAAACUACGACCCGACAUUGGUGGCAAGCCGACUGUGAUUGAAACAGCCGUGUAUGUCAACAGCAUUGGACCAGUGGACCCCAUCAACAUGGAAUACACUAUUGACAUCUUCUUUGCCCAGACAUGGUAUGACAGCAGACUUAAGUUCAACAGCUCAAUGAAACUACUCAUGCUCAACAGCAACAUGGUAGGCAAAAUCUGGAUCCCCGACACGUUCUUCAGGAAUUCCAGGAAAUCAGACGCGCACUGGAUCACGACACCGAACCGUCUACUGCGGCUGUGGAGCAAUGGGAGAGUGAUGUACACGCUGAGGUUGACUAUUAAUGCGGAGUGUUACCUUAAGCUGCAUAACUUUCCAAUGGAUGAGCACUCGUGUCCGCUGGAGUUUUCAAGCUAUGGUUACCCUCGCAAUGAAAUCUUGUAUCGAUGGCAAAGACGAGCAGUGGAAGUGGCCGACCAGCGGUAUUGGAGACUUUACCAGUUUGCCUUUGUAGGGAUGAGAAACACCACUGAUGUGGCUCACACCCAGUCAGGAGAAUAUGUCAUCAUGACCAUCUUUUUCGACUUGAGUCGGAGAAUGGGUUAUUUCACCAUCCAGACCUACAUUCCUUGCAGUAUGAUUGUGGUCUUGUCCUGGGUCUCCUUCUGGAUCAACAAGGACGCCGUCCCCGCUCGCACCUCUCUAGGGAUCACCACGGUGCUCACCAUGACAACCCUCAGCACCAUCUCCAGGAAGUCCUUGCCAAAGGUGUCCUACGUCACUGCCAUGGACUUGUUCGUCUCCGUCUGCUUCAUCUUCACCUUUGCCGCUUUGAUGGAGUACGGAACCCUGCAUUACUUCACCAGCAACAGACAGACCAAGAAAGCCAAAGCCAACAACCACCAAAAAACGUCCAGCAUGGUCAGUAUCCACCCUGGAACAUCACUGCUACAAAUGAACAACAUCAUGCACUACCACGACGAGGACGACUACGCCUACGACUGUUUGGAUGGAAAAGACUGCGCCAGCUUCUUCUGCUGCUUUGACGACUGUCGCUCAGGUGCCUGGCGAGAAAACCGCAUGCACGUACGAGUUUCCAAGAUUGAUUCCUACUCACGAAUAUUCUUCCCGACUGCUUUUGGCCUUUUUAAUUUGGUUUACUGGAUCGGCUAUCUGUACCUUUAAAAGCGGUACCUCACGGUAGGAGUUUAGGAGUUUUCUACAUCCCAGCAUUUUCCACAAGGUCCCUUUGCCAAUAAUUCCAACCUGCAGCCUCGUCCAAAUUCUCUUGUAUGGGAAUAUUUGUAGCUAAUAAAUAUCAUAUAAUGCAUUCUAACCCCAUCAAAUACAACGCUAGAAUGAUCUAAAUAUAUCUAUUUAUUAUUUUGCUCAAAUAUGUCGCUCUGAAUUGGUGGUUGCAUGUAGCAAAUCAUUCUGAAGAACCCAAUGUGGUCUCAUUGACGGACCCCGCCUCUCGCCCAGAGUCAGCUGGGAUAGGCUCCAGCAUACCCGAGACCCUAGGAAGUGGAUGGGUGUUUCACGCUCCGUAAUAUCCAGGUGCCAAGCACGCUGGAAGAACAGGAGGACAUCACAGGCCAGUUCAGCUCAAAUGUAAACACCAGGAACACCGUUUGGUGGGGGUGGGGGAUUCGUCCAACUAAGCCCCAGAAAAUCAGAAUACUGACACCAAUACUAAGAUCAUUGGAUGGAUUUGUGAAAAAAAAGUUAUGAAACCACAACAUUUUACCAAAUAAUGUAUUUUUAACAAUACAGUAUCAUACAAUUACUGUGGAACCUUGGUUAGUGUCAUUAAUCCUUUCGAAGGUCCGACUCUAACCAAAACAUAUACUAACUGAAUCCUUGUAAUUCCAGUUCAUUUGUUCCAGAAAGCCAAAACCCGUUUUUAUAGUUUAACAAUGCUAGUUUGGGCGGCACGGCGGUCGAGUGGUUAGCGCGCAGAACUCACAGCUAGGAGACCAGGGUUCAAUUCCACCCUCAACCAUCUCUGUGUGGAGUUUGCAUGUUCUCCCCGUGCAUGCGUGGGUUUUCUCCGGGUACUCCGGUUUCCUCCCACAUUCCAAAAACAUGCUAGGUUAAUUGGCCACUCCAAAUUGUCCAUAGGUAUGAAUGUGAGUGUGAAUGGUUGUUUGUCUAUAUGUGCCCUGUGAUUGGCUGGCCACCAGUCCAGGGUGUACCCCGCCUCUCGCCCGAAGACAGCUGGGGUAGGCUCCAGCACCCCCGCGACCCACGUGAGGAAAAAGCGAUAGAAAAUGAAUGAAUGAAUGAAUUCUAGUUUGACAUGAGAGUCGUAUGAAAUCCAUACAUGAUCCAUAAAUGAACAUUUAAGGAUACAUUUACCUUCACUCAAGAUGAGAUUCUUGCAUAAGAAUCCAAUCGCCACACUGGACACCACCUUCGUGUUUUGCCAUGAGUUAUUUCUUAACCUCAAUGAUGUUCCUCAUUUCAAGUCUCUGCUUUUCUUAUGAUCACAGCUGCAGAAUAACCCAAAAUGGAGGCAAAGAAUGGUUCAAGUGCCAGCAUUCUCCAUGAAGAAUGUGAGAAAUGCGAAUGAAUUCUGAGAAAUAACUCAUCGUAAAACAGGAAGGUGGUGUGCUUAUCGAAUGAACUUCUGCCACCUUGUGGCCGUUUCUUACAGCUGUUCGAACAGUGACUUAUUUUAGCCUGCAUGUGGCGGCGUCACCUCUUUUUGCCUCUCGUGGGAAAAAAAACGUAAAAGAGGUACUGUAUAAAUACGUCUUUGGUAUUGAGAAGAAGUUGGACUAAUAGCCGAAAUAAACAUACGCCAUAUUGUACGCUAACCAGAAAAUGUAUGCAAGCCGAGGCAAAAAUCUGGAGUCAAUUUUCAAUGUUGACUGAAAACAUGCUAACCGAGGGACGUACGCUAACCAAGGUUCCACUGAGUUUCCUUUCACUGGAUGCAAUAGUUAGAGCAAAACUAAGUCAAUAACACAAUAACUCAACAAAAGCAAUGGAGUAUGGACCGUAUGUAUCUAUCUAAGCGUCACUCAUGCAUCGACUCUAUCGCUGUGUGUAAAUAACUAGCUAGUAUUUCCUAAAUGUUACGGCAGCUGAUGAAAAAGUAUUUCAAACGGAAGUCCAAGCUGUCCGUUGGCCGUGUAACCAUAGUAACAGGAGGAAUGCACUCAAAUACUCAGCAAUAAUCUAUGCAAGAUGAACACGGUUCUCCACAGGCGGGGCGACUUCUCGACGAAUCGUUCAACUUAGGGGGUGGGGGGGGGCUUUUUGUUCGCAUACAUUCGCUGGUGGGGAAAAGGAAAAUAACUCAAAGUUUUAAAGACUCAGGUUGUUCCCCAACCCGACGGUUGCUGGUUUGAUCCGCCAUCCCGCUGGGAUCAUCAUCAUUCCGAUAUUAACAUUCAGUCUGCAAUUUUUCUUUCCAACAUUACGAAUUCUACUGUUAAAAACGACGAAUGAUGCCCCCCUUUUAUUUCCACAAUUCAAUAUUUUCUGUUUGAUCCCAUUGAAAAUGAAUGGGCAAUUUGAAAUGAAUUGCAUUAAUAGUCGUUAAAUAUGUAGCGUCAGAUUUUAAAUUGGGCAACAUUGUGGCAAAAAUACUAAAUCUAACGCACUAAAACUAUUAAAAAUUGUGCUUUGUUUUCCAUAAAUCACUGAAACAUCUUCAGACUACCAACCAUUAGAUUCUUUUCAGGAGUUUUACACUUUAGAUGUCAGUUAGAUUAUUUGCUAUAUUGUAUAAAUUAUGUAUAAUAUGAAAAAAAACAUGGAAAAAAACUGUCAAUGUCACUUUCACUUUCCUUUUCCUCGAUGCAUUGCCAUCUGAUGAGAUGCUUUGGAGAUGAUGGGGGAAAGGUUCGUUACAAAGCUGUAAAACAGACAAAAUGCUCGCCAAUACGGGAAUAUUUUUGUAAGAAUCCACUGUGAGUAUUGGAAUGGCUUCUUAGUAAAAUAGCUAUGGUAAUAUUUGCAUGUUAUAUCAACUGUAGUAUGUAACUCUAUCUUACUCGGUGUGGGAGGUACUGCAAAUGUUGGUAUCGACCAGUAAAUACCAAGUACUGUAAAUACAGGGCCACUAUUCCUGAUUAUCAUAAAAAAUUAUCAAACUAAAUAAAUGUAUUGAUCAACAAACUUAUUUGCACAAAAUGUUAAUACUUUUUAGGUUGUUUAUAUUGUUUUUUUUAGAUUAUUUAUUUUUUUACUAUUGAACUGGUUUUGUCCUCUUUACUGCUGUGCAAAGUAAAUUACCCCACUGAGGAAUUAAUAAGGUAUAACUAAUCUAAUCUAACACUUGACCUUCAUCCCUUGACCUUCUGGAACGAUCAUUGGUUUUCUAAAAUAUACUCAUUCUGAAAUUAGCAGUCUUUUAUUUACGACAGAGUAUUAGGGCCACAUUGAAAAGUCAUCAAACUGAGAUUUCGAGAAACUUGUACAUUUACAAGAAUAAAGUCAUAAAUUCAUGAAAAGGAAGUUGUACAUUAACCAGAAAAUAAGUCAAAAUAUUCAGAGAACAAAGUGACAAAUUUAUGGGAAUGAAGUCAUGAAUUUACUCGAAAAAGAAAGUCGGUAUAUUAUUGAGAAUAAAGUCAUAAAUCUGUGAGCAUAAAGUCGAAAAUUAACGAAAGUUGUAAAUUUACCAGAAAAUAAGUCAAAAUAUUCUGAGAACAAAGUCACAAAUUGACGGUAAUCAAAAGUGGGUAUAUUAUGAGAAUAGAGUGCUACACGUGCGUGAAUAGAGUGCUAAAAGUGCAAGAAUAGAGUGGUAAACGUGCGAUAAUAGAGUGCAAAACAUGCAAGAAUAGAGUGCAAAACGUGCAAGAAUAGAGUGCAAAACGUGCAACAAUAGAGUGCAAAACGUGCGAGAAUAGAGUGCAAAACGUGCGAGAAUAGAGUGGUAAACGUGGGAGAAUAGAGAAUAGAGUGCAAGAAUAGAGUGCAAAACAUGCAAGAAUAGAGUGGUAAACGUGCAAGAAUAGAGUGCAAAACGUGCGAGAAUAGAGUGGUAAACGUGCAAGAAUAGAGUGCUAAACAUGUGAGAAUAGUGGUAAACGUGCGAGAAUAGAGUGCAAAACGUGCGAGAAUAGAGUGCAAAACGUGCGAGAAUAGAGUGCAAAACGUGCGAGAAUAGAGUGCAAAACGUGCGAGAAUAGAGUGCAAAACGUAAAAGAAUAGAGUGGUAAACGUGGGAGAAUAGAAUGGUAAACGUGCAAGAAUAGAGUGGUGAACAUGCAAGAAUAGAGUGGUGAACAUGCAAGAAUAGUGGUAAACGUGCGAGAAUAGAGUGCAAAACGUGCGAGAAUAGAGUGCAAAACGUGCGAGAAUAGAGUGGUAAACGUGCGAGAAUAGAGUGGUAAAUGUGCGAGAAUAGAGUAGUAAAUGUGCGAGAAUAGAGUAGUAAAUGUGCGAGAAUAGAGUGGUAAACGUGCGAAAAUAGAGUGGUAAACGUGCGAAAAUAGAGUGGUAAACGUGCGAGAAUAGAGUGGUAAACGUGCGAGAAUAGAGUGGUAAACAUGCGAGAAUAGAGUGGUAAACGUGCGUGAAUAGAGUGCCGAAAAAUGCGAGACUAGAGUGGUAAACAUGCAAGAAUAGAGUGUAAACAUGAGAGAAUAGAGUGUAAAUGUGCGAGAAUAGAGUGGUAAACAUGCGAGAAUAGAGUGGUAAACAUGCGAGAAUAGAGUGGUAAACAUGCGAGAAUAGAGUGUAAACGUGCAAGAAUAGAGUGAUAAACGUGCGAGAAUAGAGUGCAAAACGUGCGAGAAUAGAGUGGUAAAUAUUGGUGGUAAAAGAACAUUUCCCUUUUACGGCGUGUUGUGUUAAAAGGUCAACAAGUGGUCCUGCCAUCUUUUCAUGUUUUGGUCCGUGGACCUCGGACCCCCUGACUCCAGUGGAGUGUCAGGCCACCGGUGUUGCAUGGAAAAGCCGGUCUGUACGCGGCUGGUCACUUACCGCCCCAAUCUCCACAGGCUACUUAGCGUUGACGUGUAGAAACACGUCCGAUCAUUCGGAUGCGUUCGGCUCUCCUUUGCACGCCAGAGAUCCCGAUGCGUAGCUGAGCUUGUAAAACAAUCCAGCUGUUAAUCCGCGUGCCCAUGAGCAGCAUACGGAUGUUGGCUCCAAAGGCAUGAUGGGCUUUGCAUCCAACCUAAGCCAUAUAAGACGUCAGCUGUAUGCAAUUCCAUCCUGUGUAAAUGUCCAUCAUCUUGUAUCGUGAUUCCUCAGUAGACUGUGAAAAGAAAUAAAGCAGUGCCUGAAAACAACCGAGUGGGGAUUUCAUGUGGACCAGCGGUCACCAGCGGUCACCUGGUCCUUGAACCCGGGCUCUAUUUUACAAGGAAACACCACUUUUGGGGAAUUUGGGUGGAUGGAAGCUCCUCCCACUGCAGGCUUUGGUGCAGGUGAGGUUGGUCCACCUCCCAGGUGGAGCAUAUGAAGAUGCUGAUUAGGCUGCACCGUUUUAGCACGUGGCUAACAAUACAAUACAAGGACAAUGGUGUGACCAGCGUUAUGUAGACCCCAGGUAUUGGGGUCUUUAGUCGAGGGGGGCGUACAAGACUUGUGUACCGCUGUCCCAAGGCCAGAAGUGACUUUUGGGGAUCCCCCAUCAUUUUGGUUGCCAUUCGUCUUCUUCCACUUUUCCUAAGAAAAGCUCAGGACCCCUGUACCCCCCUCCCCCCACACAUUGCUGACCCCUGGUAUAAACCCCACCCAAGUCAAAUAUACCAAAUCUCCCACACAAAUCAGGAAGCAACAUGAAGAUGGACGUUAGCAUCCAGAACGUUAGCGUUUUAUCAGUGACCUUAUUGUCUUUACCCAAAACCAGGACACUCAGCCUGUCAAACGAUGAAAACUCUGACAUUUUCAUCAACAAUGAAGGACAUUACAACGUGGAAAGUAUAUUAAUACUCGCUUUGUGUUUACUUGAUUUGGGUUCCAUUGCUAAAUCUGCUGGAUUCUUCCUUUUAAUCCCCGUUAAAGAGAAAUGACGGCCCCUUGUGGACAACAACGGGAGUGCAUUACUGCAUAUGGAAACAUGCUUCCUGGAGUCAGCAAUAGAAACAAUAGAGCUUAUUUUUAUUGAUGACAUGAUGAUAAAAGAGAAAGACAUACUUAUGUCUUUAUACUUAUACUUAUUGUUGCUAAUCACACAGAUUGAACAGGAGCAACACGAAGUAGCAACAAAACAAAGGCACAUUUUGUCUUAUUAAAAGUAGGCAAAAGCAGUCUGUAUUUUUCCAUUUUUUUGCCUUAAAGGAGCACCAUAACCACCUUAACCAUCCCAAAUCCACGACAGUCAAGUGUUGUGGGUGAGCGUGGUCCAAUCCACUUUCAUCGUCCCCAGACGUCCACUCCGGACAUUACUGCUAGCUUUGUUUACACUGCACAGCCUUUUUCAUUGUCAUUCAUGUCCUCCAUGGCGGACUGGACUUGGGUACCGUCUCAUUGGUGUAACAGGACUGACCCUCCAGAUGACUUGGCUUGCAUGUCUUUGACUCAUAAAGGGUCGGCAGUUAAAUUCUCUUCUUGCAAUUUUAGGACUUUAUUGUCAGAAUGUUCACCAAAAUUAUAGUUAAAAUUUUUUUUUUUAAUUCCAAGUUGACUCAACUUAAAAAAAAAUUGUAACCUCGCUGCUGUAAAAUUUUGAUUAAAUCUAGCAAAUUAUUUCAGGUAAUUUCAACACACAACUAAUUUUCUCCAACUUAAAAGACCAAGUUUACGUGACUUAUUGAUUUGUUGUGGGAACUUCAUUUUUUUUUAGGUCAAAUAACCAAAUAUUUUGGUUGUAUCAACAAUCAAGUUUCAAUUCAAUUAUUUCAAUUUAAUUGUGAGUUGAAUUUACUUGAGCUAAUUAGUUAGACCAGGGGUCUCAAACACGCGGCCUGCGGGCCAAAUGUGGCCCGCAGGACACUAGUUUGAGGUCCCCGCCUUGAUAUAAAAGUUUAAUGUUUAAAGUUUGAUAUGGAUGCUGUAUGGUAUCAUGUACCCAGAAAAAAAUAUUACGUUUGAUUAAUGUUCAUGUUAAAGGUUAAAUAACUGUUAAUAGUUAUCCUCCCUAUCCGUGUGGAAGUG